GGUUGACGGGACAAGCAUGUUUAAAUUUCGUUUGUGUUGGAUCAUAUUAUUUACACAAUUCGAGGAUAUGCGACUAUUCAAAGACUUUAACGAUUAUUCUCGCGCCGUUGCGCUGCAGUAUUUGGCCGACGGUUCUCAAUUACCAUUAUUGUCUGAUAAAAUAGUGAAUUCGGUUAACAAUCAGAGACGACGCCACAGGAAAAGCAGCUAUUCGGAUUGGUCGGAUUGGAGUUCGUGUUCGGAUAGUUGUAUCACGGUCAGACAAAGACAUUGUCUAAGGUCGAAAAUUUGUGGAUCGAACGUCGUUACCGAAUCAUCGUAUUGUUUUGUGACUGGUUCGAGAUGCCUGGGGCUCUUGACGAAUUACUACGAGCAGCUCAACUCAAGUUUCUCUAACAAAGUUGAUGAGCAUGGCGUGUCCAUGAAUUUUACAUGUGGUGUUAAUGUUGCUUCCGCUACUAUUCCCAGUUACAAGUCUCCUAAGUUUUUAAUUAAAAUAAUGGGAGGUCAAGAAUCUGGGAAAUUUCAUUGGCCUUGGCAAGUUGCGGUGUUAAAUGGAUUUCUGGAAGUAAUCUGUGGCGGUACCCUCAUAGCUCCUGGUUGGGUGCUCACAGCUGCACAUUGUUCUAGGCAAAAAUUAUUUGUGAUGUUAAAGGAGUAUGAUUUAUCCGUACACGAAGGUGAUGAAAUCAGAUUAAGGGUUGAGCGCAUUAUAAUACACCCCAAAUACAAUCCAAAUACAAUUGAUAAUGAUAUGGCUUUGUUAAAAUUACGUAAUUCGAAUUCAGUAAUAGAUGGUGGAUUAAACUUGCAGCCAGCAUGUCUUCCGACCUCUGAUAUUCAACGGUGGAAACGGAAGCCUAAAAUGUGCGUAGUUAUUGGAUGGGGAAAAGUUAAAUCGCAAGAUUCUUAUGGAUCUAAAAUACUUCGAGAAGCUAGGGUUCCGAUCGUUGGUCAGCGGACGUGUCGAGCCGCGUAUUGGCGUUAUCAGAUAACCGACAAUAUGUUCUGCGCGGGGUACAGAGACGGUCGGUCUGACACGUGUUCGGGUGACUCGGGCGGGCCACUAUUGUGCAACAUCCGUGGCCGGUGGACUGUGGUGGGUGUUACAAGUUUCGGAUAUGGCUGUGGCCGGCAUAGCAAGUACGGGAUAUACGCCAAUGUGGCUAAUCACGUGCGGUGGAUCACGUCCGUGAUAAAAACGUCCGGUUAUCAGUGACCCGACGAUGACACCCGAAGGGAGUGCUCGAAGCAACAUUUUAUGAUGGUUACCUACCUGAUCUUGUUCAUUUAUAUUUUUAUUGUUCUACUAUUGUAGCUAUAUUGUUCACUAAGAAAAUAAUAUUUAUACAUGAUAAUUUAGUAUAAAUUGUAUGGACAACGA